AUGUCCCACCUCCAAUAUUACGCGUACGCGGACCACGGUGUCAGGCAGAGAAGAAACUUUUCUUACAGCCAGGCAGUUCGCAUUGGUGACCGCAUCGAAUGUGCCGGCCAAGGCGGCUGGGACCCAGUAUCUGGCGAGUUUUACAAGGAAAUCAAUGAACAAAUUGAUCAAGCCUUCAAAAAUGUGGAAUUGAAUUUGAAAGACGCUGGCGGGAAGGGCUGGUCUCAGGUAUUCCGAGUCAAUUCGUACCACGUGCCCAUCAACGACGAGGCAUUGGCAGCCAUGGUGAGGAACUUCAGACGGUACAUGCCAGAUCACCAGCCCAUAUCGACAUGUGUUGGGGUUCCGCGCUUGGGUGAGGAUGAUAUGCGGGUGGAGAUAAAAGUCGUAGCUUAUGAUCCAACAACACCCUCGCCUCCACAGUGAGGUGUUGCCCAGGAAGAAUGGGAAUCAUAGGAUGUGAAGACCUGUUUUUUUCAGUCGUCAAGCCCAAGAAAUCAUCUUAUGAUUGUUAUGUUAUGAAUGACGUCGUACGUAUGGUUCGUAAGAGAAUGGUCUGUUG